AUACAGAGGAACAUUGUUAACAAGUUCACUAUGUCCACUGACCAAGAAUUGGUCUCUUGCUUUUAUUCACCAGAGCAUUAUAUAUUUCAAUAUAUUUCUUUUUGCCUUAGUUGAAUAUUUGUUCCACUUGACUAUCUUGAAUUCAAUAAUUCACAAUUCUCUCCACCAUUCAAUCUCUUCAAAUUCAUCAACUCUUAUUUUUCAUUCAUGAGCCAUCACAAAUGUUUACUCAUCAUUCCAGUUCCUUUCAUCUACACUGCAUAAUCAUUUCGCUCCACCUCCUGCUUCUACUUCCUUGUGAUCAUGCUCAAGAUUUCAAGACUUAUUACGAAAAUUGCUACAAAAACUUCAGCUGCGGAGGGAGAAUAAAGGAAAUCGGGUACCCUUUCUGGGGAGGAGACCGGCCUUAUUACUGCGGACUUCCAAGCUUCAAACUGAGCUGUAAAGACGACGAAUUUGCAGUUUUAGACACGGGCUUAAAUUACACGUUUCGGGUUUUUGGUAUUGAUCAAACUAGUCAUGAAAUUAAGAUUAGUCGCGGAGAUUUACAAGCUGAUAGCUGUCCAUCGCAGAUAUUUAACGGGACCUUGGACAAAAAGCUCUUUGAUUACGGAGCUCAGACCGAAGAUCUUAACAUGUUCUACAACUGUUCUAGUGACACAAAAAUUCGACCAGAGAAUCCGAGUCUUCGUGAUAACGCGACUUGCACGAGUCGUGAUUCGGGACUAAAAGACAUUGUGUUUUUCGGGAAUGAGUCAUUUCCAGUGUAUCAUUUCGACGCUCUGAUAUCAUGUAAAGUGAAAAUCGUAGUCCCGGUUGACAAAACCGUUGUGGCCGAUUUCAAGAGGAAUGCAACGAAGGAAUUAGAUGAAUUGCUGAAUCCGAGCUUCGAUGUGUAUUAUAAGAUGAAUGAUUACGCUUGCAAUGCGUGUAAGAGUUGGGGUGGAUUGUGUUGGUCUGGAUUCGACCUGAGUAAAUUGACAUGUCUUUGUCAGGAUGGAGCGUAUGAUCAUCCAUGUAAACAAGGGAAAAAAAUGGGAGUGGGUGUGAAGAUUGCUAUAGCUUUGUGUUCAUUAGCAUUCGGCAUUGGAUUAACAGCAUUUGCUUUCUGCUUCUAUAUUCGACGAAAGAAAGCAGAGCAUGGUUCAUUUUUGGUGUCUCAGAACAUUUCUUCUUAUGAAGGUUCAAUUUCUGAUUCUGAGAAAGGAGGUACUUACAUGGGAGUUCCAAUAUUUAGCUAUGCUGACCUGGAGAAAGCCACAAAUAGCUUUGAUUCCAGCAGAGAAGUUGGCGAUGGGGGUUUCGGAUCAGUAUACAAAGGUAAGCUUCAAGAUGGCCGUGUGGUGGCAGUAAAACGGUUAUAUGAGAACAAUUUUAAAAGAGUUGAGCAGUUUAUGAAUGAGGUAGAAAUUCUCACACGUUUGCGCCAUAAGAACCUUGUACCACUUUACGGAUGCACCUCACAGCACUGUCGACAGCUUCUACUUGUCUACGAGUAUGUCCCUAAUGGUACAAUUGCUGAUCAUCUCUAUGGUAGUCGUGCAAAACCAGGAAAACUUACAUGGAAAACAAGAAUGAAAAUUGCCACUGAAACUGCAAGUGCAUUGUCAUAUCUUCAUGCUUCAGAUGUCAUUCAUCGCGAUGUCAAGACAACCAAUAUUCUCCUAGACAACAAUUUCUCUGUCAAGGUUGCUGAUUUUGGCUUGUCACGUUUAUUCCCACUAGACGUUACACAUGUUUCAACAGCUCCUCAAGGCACUCCUGGAUACGUAGACCCUGAGUAUCACGAAUGCUAUCAGCUCACAGAUAAAAGUGAUGUUUAUAGCUUUGGAGUCGUGAUGAUUGAGCUUAUAUCAUCAAUGCCUGCUGUAGACAUCAGCAGGCAUCGACACGAGAUCAAUUUAUCAAACAUGGCAAUGAACAAGAUUCAAAAUGGCGCGCUGCAAGAACUUGUGGAUACAAAUCUUGGAUUUGCAACAGAUUCUGACAUACGGAACAUGAUAACAGAAGUGGCAGAGCUGGCCUUUCAAUGCCUGCAAAAUGGGAGGGAGUUCAGGCCAACAAUGAAAAAAGUAUACGAAGUUUUAUUGGGAAUUCAGAGUAAAUACUAUGGUACUGUUAAGACGGAUGUUCUUGGUGAUGAUUCUUCGUUGUUAAAGGAUGAAUCUCAAAUUCUUUCACCGAAUUCUGUUACUGCAAAUUGGGUAAGCAGAUCAACAACAGCUAGUUCAACCACCUAAAUGUUGUUCCACUUGUUUAAAUUGAUGCAUGUAUGCAGACUUUUUGAAAUUUCAGACUUGAGAGUUUAAGUUGUUCAUGUUCUUUGCAACAGGUAGAUUCCCUUAUUAGUUGUACAUACAUAUUAUAGUUAUUGUAUAUCUGUAUGGAAAUCUUCAUCUGCAUCAGUAUUAUUUAGUGUUAUGCUGUUA